GGUAGAGCGGCGCCAGUGAGAGAGCGGAGAGCGUCGCGGAGUGAAGAGGUAAGAGUCUGUGAGGCGGGAAGUGAGCGAAAUGGUGAGAGUCAUGGCAAGUGGCGGGAUCACCAUAACUCAGCGAGCCAGCGAGUGAGCAGUUGGAGAGAAAAGUGGACAGUGGACAUUGGACACUGGACAGUGGACACAUAAGUGGACGGUGGUUGUGCCUGAACCAGAUCAUGCAUGAUUUUUUGCCCUCGUAAUCACGAACAGAAAAGUGGAUACAGGUCGUUGGUGCGUAGGCAGAGGAUCGUGAAAAGAGCAAACGAAAAUAGAGGAAAGGUCGGAGGCGCAGAAUAUGUCGCCACCAAAACGUCACCGUGAUCGAUAGACGUUGGCAGAAGUGUGACCAGUGAGUGUGCGUGACUGAGGCCUUGCUCGCUAUUGUGGCACCAGCCAACACCGUUGUCGUACCACCGGUACCAAACUCGAAGGUCGAUAUUUAAUUCCGCGGCAUCGCUGAACACCCAAGCCUCAAAGAUCGCUGCGCGUCAUGCAGUAACGAUGACUGGAGCAAAGAAACAGGAGAGCGCCAUACGUUCUACGAAUGUUCAGAAACGUGAAUACACCCCAGAGGAAAAGAGAGGCUCUCCCGAGGGCAGUGCGGACCAGCCGAUGUGGAUCGAGGAACUGGAAUCGGCACUGGAUUCUACCCUUCCUUCUCAGCAAACGAGGAGAGCCGCACUGGAGGUGGACCACCACGCGCCACCAGUGGUGCCACAAAUCGACUCCUCGACAGCCGUCAACCAGCCGUGUGCCAUCUGCAGUGACAAGGCCACUGGCAAACAUUACAACGCCAUCUCCUGUGACGGCUGCAAGGGCUUCUUCCGCAGAUCGGUGCGCAAGAACCAGAAAUACUCCUGCAGGUACGGACGGAAUUGCGUGGUGGACAAGGAGAAGCGGAACCACUGCCGGUACUGCCGACUACGGAAAUGUUUCCGAGCAGGGAUGAGGAAAGAAGCCGUUCAAAACGAGCGGGACCGGAUCAGUGUGCGCCGGUCCAGCUUCGAGGACUCAGCCAACAGCUCCCUGUCGGUGCAAACGCUACUGAAUGCCGAGGUCAUCUCUCGACAGAUCGACUCCAGCUGGGACGGAUGUCGUGAAAUGGACAUCAGCGACAAGCAGAUGGCCACUCAGGAGGACGUGUGUGACUCCAUGCGGCAGCAGCUACUGGCCGUAGUCGAGUGGGCCAAGUGUAUACCGGCCUUCAUGGACCUCGCCCUCGACGAUCAGAUUGCCCUGCUGCGGGCACACGGCGGGGAGCACCUGCUGCUCGGCGCCUCCUGGCGAUCCCUACACCUCAACGGCUACGUGCUUCUAGGAAACAAGAGCGUCGUCACUCGCGGCUCACCAGAUGUCGCCAUGAACAAGAUCGGCUGCCGUCUCAUGGACGAGGUGAUCAAGCCGAUGAAGGACAUGCAGGUGGACGAGACAGAGUAUGCCGCCCUCAAGGCCAUUGUGUUUUUCGACCCAGGUACAAUAGCGGCUAGUCGGGGCGCCGCCGGCGACGUCCAAACGAUCGAGCGGUGUCGGUACCAGAUCCAGCUGAAUUUGGAGGACUAUAUCACCGACCGGCAGUACAGUCAGCGCGGCAGGUUCGGCGGCAUGCUGCUCAUCUUGCCCAGUCUGCAGUCGAUAGCCCGGGAGCUGGUCGAACAGGUGCAGCUCAUGAGCAUGUUCGGCUCGACCAAGGUGGACACCCUGCUGGUCGAGAUGCUGCUCGUUGGUAACAACGGCGAGGUGCCGGGCCCGCCGCCGCCGGAGGGCCAGCAGGGCCCACCCGGUCCGCCUCAGCCGGCCGGGUACCCGGCCCACACCGCCGGGCUGCUGCUGCCGUCCCCUCCACCUCCCCCACCCCACCACCACCCGGUUCACCCGCCACCGCCGCCGGGAGCGCUACAGGGGCCCCCUCCAGGCGGGUACGGCCUUACCUACAUGGUGCCGGAGCCGCCGGCCGGCCUGGCCGGUCCUCCCGUCUCGCUGCCCGGGCCGCCGGAGAGGACGGGUCACCAGAUAAUUCAGCGCUGCGACUACGGACCCUACAAGCGGCCCGGCCCGUCCAGCUUCAAGGAGGAGUCGCUGGAGAUGGACGGCGAGCAGGGGCGCACGUUCAGCAGCUGAUCUGUGACGUCACGCGGGGAGAGGACCGGAUUGGUGGAGAGACCGGGACGGUAGUGAGCGGACCAAAGGGAGGCGCGAGUGGUGUGAGCUCUCGUUCCUAGGCGCGGCAGCAGUUGGGGUCAAUGAGGUCACGAGGAGUCCAGUGAAGUCACACAGAGGUCACAAGGUUAAUGAGGUUGCAAGGUCACGCGGAGGACAUCGAGGUCAAGGACAUAUCGUUGGUGUGGUCUCUCGCCUUCAAAGUGUCACAAGUAGAGUGGGAUUGGAGUUGACCACUGUGACUUUUUACAGGGCAUUAGUUAGUAUUUGUACAAAGUGAGCUGAGCAUAGCUGUCAGUGUUUAAUCAUUGCGUGUUAUUUAAGCUCAGUAUCAUUUGAGUGAAUACGGGCAGUGUAUUGCAUCGUUUGCAUAUGUCCGGUGCAUUUACAGUGAGUGUGUUGUGUGUGUGAGAUUGGAUCGGUUGUGUUUUUCGUGCAAUGUUGCCGCCGAUGAUGAUAAGUUGAGUCCUAGAGUUGGUUCUCUGAGGAAUUAGCCCGCCUGAGGCACGUCGAUAGCGCGGAUUUAGCAAUGCAAUCUUGCAAGGCGUUGCAGCUGAAGGCCAGUCGUUGCUAAUGCUCAUGGGAAGUUGUAGUGCUAGGCCGAUGUACGUUGUUAUGAGGUGCGUGCCACUCAUCAUUCUAUUCAAUAUUUAUAAAAAUCAAUGUUAUUCUUUGGAACAUUCAUUUUAAAACAACAUGAAUACAUAUUCUUAUUAAUAGAUGGUUAUUUCCUCAACUUGUGUGUUCGCAUUAAAAUCGAUAAAAUUAAAUCUGACCCUUGCAAAAGCGAGUGUACCAGGCACACAUGCCUAUGGAAGAUGCCCCAAAGAGCCGCAAAAAAAAACUCGUUUACAUGCUACCAGCCACCGCUUACUGUUUUCAAAAGUCGCGUUCCACCCUACCCAAAAGCAAACAUGGGUUUUAAAAUGAAACUUGCAGACAAAUGUGAACGUUACGUGUUCUAAGAUGAAUGUUCUAAAGAUUGGCUUUGGUUUUAUAAAUAUUAAAUAGAAUGAAAAGGGUGUAGUGUACCAUAGGCGAUUGUCGGUAUUUUGUAUAACAAAAGAAAAUAGUUAACGAUUAAACAAAGAUGGAAGAACAUAAUUUGCGAAGUGAAAUUUA